UUGAGGUAUUUUUUCAAUGAAACGUCGUUCAAUUUCUUGUCAGACGAUAUUUCCGUUAUUUAAACGUUCGUAUACUCGUACGGUGAACGCGUGCGUUUCGGCGUGUCGCGUGAGAUUUACAACCCGUGAGGCGGCCGCGAGCGGAGGGGGGAAAGUCGCCAUUUAUCCGGUCGCUUUUACCCAUAUCACCGCCACCGCGUCGAAACAAUGGGCGAUGCGCGCGCUCUCGAAGGAGAUUGUCUCGUGUCGUGGUCGUGUCGUGUAUAAUACGAAACGCACGUUAGCCUGAUACGUGGCUCGUGUUUCGGCAGCAACCUGUUAUCUCGUACGUGUGCUCUUUAUUCCGUUUUAUACGAUUCGGAAUCAUCGACGACGCCGUCGCCACCGUCGUGGAAAGGCUUGCCUGUUCUAUCGUCGUUAUUGGCGACGGCUGUGCGCGAGGAUGCACGUUCAAAACAAACCCCCGUCGGUGAACCGGGGUCGAUAAUUUCCAUCGCGUUAUCAGCGCGAGACGAGGCGUUGUCGCGAUGCUCUCUGUCUACGAUUAUCUUGAAGGGCAGUUUCAUCUUUAUAUGGUGACCUAUGAGAUAUUGAGAGAAACAAACCAGAUAAUAGCAACACUGUGCUCGGACGCGUUGUGGACUUAGAAGUCUUUGGCCGACGGCUCCUAUGCGUUUACAAAACAUUUGUUUGGAGCGACGUUUUCGUCCUGAAAUCGAUCCCUAGACAUUUCGUUAACGUUAUAUUAACCGAAUGUAUCCGGCGAGGGUUUCGAAGAAUCACGAGUAUGGCGGGUACGGAGACGAACCGCGACGUAAAAGAGAAGACAAUAAUAAACCAAACCACGUUCUCCUGUUCACAAUCAUUAACCCGGUCUACCCCAUCACUGUGGAAGUGCUGCACACGAUCAGCGCGCCCAGCGGCCAAGUACAACGCAUCGUUAUUUUCAAGAAGAACGGCGUUCAAGCGAUGGUGGAGUUUGACUCAGUGGAAUCGGCGACGAGAGCGAAGGAGACACUUCACGGAGCGGACAUAUACUCCGGUUGCUGCACAUUGAAGAUCGAUUUCGCCAAGCCCACCAAACUGAACGUAUACAAGAACGACGCAGAAAGCUGGGAUUACACGACACCAACGCUGGGAUCGAGCGCGCACAAAAACGACGCGACAGGAAAUGGAAGGCCGGCUCCCCUUUUGGCGGAACCCAGAUACGGCGCCGCGCCACAGCCAUACGGAUCCACGCCACAGGUAACUUUCCCACCUGGUGCCGGUCACGAUCGUUACGAGGAGAAUUUCAAUGGACCAGCGACGUAUGCCGAGCCCUACGUGGAGCGUUACGGUAUUAAGAGCGAUUUCAGCGGUCGAGAACCAUUACAUCCUACGCCACCUCGACCUGGUUACGUGCCCACCUUGGGGCAGACACCACCUUCGAGCACGCAGGGAUCCGUGAUGAUGGUCUACGGGCUACAACCGGAUAAAGUCAACACGGACAAACUGUUCAACUUGUUCUGCCUGUAUGGAAAUGUAACGAAGGUGAAGUUUUUGAAGACGAAAGAGGGCUGCGCAAUGAUCCAGAUGGGCGACAGCAUAGCCGUGGAACGUUGCCUACAGAACCUGAACAACGUGACGAUCGGUACAGACGGAAGGUUGCAGCUCGGUUUCUCGAAGCAGGCUUUCCUCUCGGACGUCACCAAUCCCUACAUUCUGCCCGACAAGACGGCGAGCUUCAAAGAUUUCACAGGAAGCAAGAAUAACAGGUUCCUAAAUCCAGCGAUGGCCAAUAAAAAUAGAAUACAACCACCCUCAAAGAUAGUCCACUUUUUCAACACGCCCCCGGAUUUAACCGAGGAGACCGUGCACCGCGUGUUCGUGGAACGCGGUAUCGAGGCGCCAACGACGGUAAAACUGUUCCCCCUUAAAUCGGAACGAUCGUCGUCCGGCCUCAUCGAGUUCAGCAGCGUCGGAAUUGCGGUAGCUGCCAUCAUGGAAUGCAAUCACACAGCAUUGGAAAACAGCAACGGCAAGUUCCCAUACAUAAUGAAACUGUGCUUCUCGUCGUCCCGCACCAUACCAACGAGUUUCCCGCCAAGCAGCGGCAGCACGUCGAGCAAUUCCGCCGGUAAUGGCCACGUCAAAAUGCAGCAGGACUCGGAAUAGAACGGCGAGGUCCAGGGCCAGCAGCGUCAGCGUCAGCGCCAGCGUCCCUCUCUCGCCCUGCACCCGUUGUGUGCCCCGACGGGCACGGCCCUGCACCCAGCCGCAGCGAUUACACUCUCCCCGGUCUUACCGCCGCCCGUGCCGCCUCCCCUGCCGCCCACCUGCGUUCUGAUCGCCACUCCAACUCUCUAUCCUACCGUGCCACCGCCACCACCGCCUCCGUUGCCUACGUUCUGGCCGUACUGAUGAGAAGAGCAGCGGGCCUACUCGCCGGACGAGGCAGCAAAAGACGGAAAAAGAAAAAAUAUAUAUAUAUAUAUACAUAUAUACAUAUACAUGUAUGUAUACACAUGUGUGCAUAUAUGUAUAUGCGUAUGUGUGUGUGUGUGUGUGUAUGUAUGUGCGUAUACGCCACGCGCUUGUCCUCGAAUAUUCAUAUUCUACUGCUGCAUACUGAAUACCUUUUAUUAUUAACUACCGCUGCUAUUCCUCCUCGCCGCGUGGUGACCAAAUCUCUGUCAAAGAUCAGACGCUGGUCGCUGGAAGAAGAAUCGGUUCCGUUCGAGGGUCAGCGGGCCGGAACUCGGCCUCGAUCGAGAGUCGAGAAGUAAAGUGAAUAAAAAAAAAAAAAAAAAGAAAUCUGGCUCGAGUGGUUCUCUCGCUGGAAAAUGUGAUCGCGGCGUCGGCGGGAUCUCAUCGUCGUCGACAGGGUGGAACGUGGCACGAGCGAGCUACACGAAGGUCAUCGAGGAUCGUCCGCAUGGCUGGAUCGAAAUGAAAGAGUUUAUAAUAUAAAAGGCGAGACAUCGAUGGGCAUCGAUGUCUGUGUUCUACUUAUUUUUCUUUUCAUCUCUCCUUUGCUUUUUGCCCUCUCUCGACCACCGUACGUACCACGCACUCUUCUUUCUCCUCUUCUGUAUAUUCUGUUUUCGUUCUUCGCUUCUUUUUCCACUUUUUUCUUCCUUCCUUCCUUCCUUCCUUCUUUCUUUCUUUCCUUCCUUUUUUCUUCUUUUUUCUUCUUUUUUAUCUUCACCGUUCGUUCCGAUCUCAUCUCCCGUCUCCACUUUCGUUUCUUCUUUCCUCCUUGCGUUGCUUUUGGCGAGGUCCGGGUAUACGUGCUUAGUCCGUAUUGCGGAGAUCCCGUUACGUCAGUAGUGUGUCAGUAUUAACAACGGAACGAAUCCUCGAGCGUAUCGUUAGAAUUCGUUGAAAAAAACGAAGCAGGGAGAGCACCGUUCUUCUUUUGCUCGAGGAACGGCAAGGAAUGCCGGGGAUUCGAUUCGUAACCUUCGUGGAAGCUUGUUUCCUUCUGUUAGACGCGAGGAUCGAUCGUGAAGAAUUGUCUUGUGUGUGUGUGUAUGUGUGUGUAUAUAUAUAUAUACAUAAAUAUAUAUAUAGAGAGAGAGAGAAAGAGAGAGAGAGAUUUUGAGAGAAAGUGUCUAAUGGGAGGUUGGUCAUGGUGGGCACAGAUUACAUAUCAAGGGGCUGGGGAAGCGAGACCAAUACCUUUUCACGAGUCGUCGUGUAACGACUUUACUCGUUGUCGAAAUAUUUGAAAAAAUGUUUUAGAGGAAAAAAAAAUAUAAAAAUAAAAGGAAUAAUAAAUAAAAUCGGAAAAUCGACGAUUUCUCGCGAAGCUGGCAGACCGGAACACAGAACAGUUGCUUCUACGUUGAUCCAGCGCGUAUAUAACGUAUUAUCACGUAUCGCACAGCGGCAAACCAUCACGUGUUUUCCACCAUUGUUCGUUUCCGUGGCACGCGUACGAGCUACCACGUCUCUUUUACGUGCACAUUUUUAAACCGGGGAAUUAGAGAGAGAGAGAGAGAGAAAGAGAGAGAGAGUGAGAGAGAGAGAGAGAGAGAGGGGAAGGGAAAAACAAUGAAAAGGAAGAAGCAAACGAAAAAGACACCUCCACGAUCUCGAAGCCGAGUGCACUACCGCGUUCCUCGUUGACCAUUUCUCAUGGGAUCCAAAAUAAAUCGGAGGUUCCUCAUCGACCAUUAUAGAAGAUACAACAUUGGAUACAAUUAUCUGAGAGUGUUCAGGGGAUCUGGAUCAAUCGUGCACGCGAGUAUGUUCGCCUAUAUAUUAUGAAAAACAAGAUAAACUACUCCGUCACGACGAAGAAAAUAGAAAGAAAUAUAUAAUAAAAUACAUCCGACUCGCGAGAAUCUUUUUUUGCUAUGGAGCAAGAAAUGAAAGAGAGAGAGAGAGAGGAGGAGGAGGAGAAAAUAUGAAAAACAAUAAUAUUAACAAUAAAUGGGAAAGAGAGAAGAAAGCAAAAGUCUCAUUGUUCUUCAAUUCUGAUAGCUCUGUCUGUCGUUGUUUUAUAUACUCUAUACGUGUAUAUAUAUUAUAUAUUGAUAGCCAUACAUGCGCUUCGAAUACGAAUAUCUAUUUAUGUUUUCACAUUGUUCAGAUUUUAUUUACAACGCUUGGAAUUGUGCUCGCAAGAGAGAAAGAGAGGGAGAGAGUGAGAGAAAGAGUGAAUGAGUGGAUGAAAGAAAGAAACAGAGAAAGAAAAAAAGAAAGAAAGAAAGAAAGAAAGAAAGAAAGAUUUUUUUGUAGGUAAUCAAGUUUGAGAAAAUGCAUUUGUUUUUGCACGUUGAAUAUCGGAUACUUCGGUCCCGCGACAUCCGGUUUUUUCGCCGGUAACUGUUUCGACGAGGAAACGUUAAGAGAAAAAAAAAAAACAAAAAAGAAAAAAUAAAAAAAACCCGUAUAAACCGUCUCGAAUAGAGUCGCUUCUUCUUUUUCACGUCGCACGAGGAAGCUUCUCGCGAGUCUCGAUUUUGGAGAAGAGAAACGAUUGAGCGGAGAAGGAUGGAAAGAUGAGAAGGAGUGAAAAUGGAAGAAGGAAACUGAUGCAGAUACAAUGAUCGUCUCGAUUGUUGGUGUUUAUCGAUCGACAAGAUAAAAGAAAAAAAAUCGUUGAUGCAACCUUGCUUCUUCUCCAUGUAAGAUACGGAAUGGGGGAAUGGAGGAGGAAUGCAGAGAAAAAAAAAAUGAAAAGUUCCCCUACGAGCUGUAGUGUUCAGGUUGCGACGACGAUUCGAUAUACGCGUGCAUUGAGAAAAAGAACGGAUAGGAGAAGGAGAAAUGAGAAAUGGAGAAAAGGGGAGAGAAAGAGAGAGAGAGAGAAAGUGAGGGAGGGAGAAAGAGAACAGGAAAAAAUAAAGAGAGGAGGAAAGAGAGAAAGAAGCAAACAUGCGAUCGAAAGGUUAUAUUCUCUUGAAAGCGCUCGUACACUAUUGAUCAGAUCGCGGACUGUGAAUUGAAUUUUAUAUGAAGACAAUGAAGUCGACGACACACAAUAUAUUAGUGGUCCCACGGCAAUAUUUUGUCGGGCCGGGGGACGUUUUUAUAAGAAAGGUUUUAGAUCUCCGAUUUAAGAAAUAAGAUUACAAAAAAAAAAAGUGAAUAAAAAAAAUGCGAAAAAAAGCGUAAGGUUAAAGUAAAAAAUAAUAAUAAUAAUAAUAAUAAAAGUAUAAAGGUUAAUAAGUUGUGUUUUUGAAGCGAACCAAAUGAUUACUCUAAAUAAAUGUAAAAAGAAAAAAAAAAUUAAUAGAGACUUGACUCGGCCAUACGUAACGUAAGAUAAUAAGAAACAAAACAAAAUACAAACAAGUAAGGAAAAAAAGAAGGGGGGGGCUAAGUGUCUUGUUGGUUACCCCUUUUUCAAAAGAUGCGUGAGUGUGAGCGAGAGAGAGAGAGAGAGAGAGAGCGAAAGAAAUAGAGAGAGCGAGAAAUAAAUAAGAUAAUCCGCCAUUUUUGUCCAUUGAUCGUGAGAGAGAGACCUAACUUACGCAAACAAACAAAAAAAAAUAAUAACAAGAAUUAUAAACUUAUAUAAAAGAAUUAAGGUGACAAAAAAAGUGUUUAUAUUCGAGGCAAUAUUUGUUACAAUACAACUAGAGGAUAAGUUGUACGUCGUUCUAAGGGGCUCAGUACGCAAAUGCGAGGAUCCUUGUUGAUUGCUGAGAUAAAUAGAGAAGAAUAUAACGUAAGGAUUAAACAAAAAAAAAAAAAAAAAUAUGAGUGAGAAUGAUAGCGAAUAAAAAAAUCGGAAGAAAAAGAAGAGAUAACCACGUAUAUAUCACAUUGUGCGUUGCUAUUUGACAAAAGUUUCUCGGAAAUGGGAGAAAAAUUAUAACUUAUCAAUCGUAGGAUAUGUGUAUAUCGAUGAGAAAAAAAGGUACUAACUAACGAAUUAAGGGAAAAAUUUAAAAAAACAAAGGACAAUUAAAACAAAACAUAGAUGCACUAUAAUUAAAAAGUACGUGCUCGAUGAUCGUUGCGUUGACGAUAAUGAAUCGUUUGUUUAUUAUUUUUCGAUUCCUAUUAUACAUUGUAUUCUGUUUCCACGACUUAUCGAUAUUAUAUUUUUUUCGUUCUUUAUUUUUUCUUGUUUUUUUUUUUUUUUUUCUUUUUCUUUUUUAAACGUCCAACCACUGGAAGGACUGUAAAAUUGUUUCUACAUCACAUUCUUGUAUUUUUUUAUUACGAAUUAUAAUAAGAUGGUUACUAUUAUUAUUACUAUUGAUAAUAUAUCAUUAUUAUUAUUAUUACUACUAUUAUUAAUUAUUAUAAUUACCAUUAUUGUGUAAUUAUAUAUACAUAUAAGAUUACAAAAGAAUAGGUUUUAUGGUAGAAUAAACAAUUAUAUCGCGAUUUUAUCCGACAAUGAAAUAUAUUUCGGAAUUUUCAUUUCAAAAUAGUGAGCAGGACCUAACGCGUAAGGUAAAGAGGAAAAAAAAAAAGAAAAAAGAAGUAGAUUUAAGCAAUUAGAACUUGUAAUCAUAUCAUAAUAUUUUGUAGAUAUAUGUAUAUAUAUAUUAUACACACGACACACACAUCUAUAUAUAUACAUAUUAAAUGUGAUCUACGGAGUAUGGUGUAUUUAAAUCAGGAGAAUAUCGUUCCCUAAAUAUACUAAUGAAAAAAAAAAUUUUUAACACGAUCUAAGAUCGAAUUCAAUUUUCAUACAAAUUUGAUGGUAAUUCUUUAAGAACAAAAAUUUAUUAGGAUAUGCAAAGAAAUUUUACUAUUUUAUCUCUGCCCCCCCCUCCUCCACCCCGCUCCCUCCUCUCUCUCUCUUCGUAUAUUUUUUAUUUUAUUUUAAAUUUAAAUCACGUAUGUGAAAUGUAUGAUGAUCGCAAAAAAGAAAUAUUUUUUCAUUUCUUUGAUAUACGCGUCUAUACAUUACACAUGGAAGGAAUGAAUAUAAAUAGCGUAGAAUGAGUAUAAAAAAUUGAUAAUCGACCAGAUGCAUUCUUGUUUUUAAGGAAUUACGAUUAUAUGUGAUUAUAUUUAAUUUGCUUGGAGAAUUGUAUUCGCGUAUUGAACGAUACGCUCCUGAGAAUUCCUCUCCGGUGCGAUGUACUCUAGAUAGAUACACAUUAUGCAAGUGCGAAAAGAAACAAGGAAAAGAUUGAAUUUAAGAACCAAAAAAAAAAAAAAAAAAGAAAAAAAAGAGAGAAAAUAACAAAUAAAUAUAAAAAAACGCGUUCUCAUUUAUAAAAAAAAAAAAAAUGUAUUUGAGAGGUCAAGCACGCAUGCCAGACUGUCGCUUAUUUUCUGAUACUUUACCUAUACAUCGUGAUCAACGUGUAUGGUAAAGUAAAUUUUACUUACGCUAGUAUACACGUUUAACAACGAACACUUGGUAAAAAAGGAUAAAAAAACGAAAAAAAAACGAAAAAGAAAAAGGAGAAAAAAGAAACCACACGUUUUUUCCCCCUCCUGUGCUGUGUACUUCUACGUGCAACACUGGACAAAAACAAGCAACAAUCUUUCAGAGUAAUAUCCCUUCGCGAUGUCCUCUGUAUUUUUUUUUUUCUUUUUCUUCUUCUUCUUUUUUUUUUUUUUCUCUCUCUCCAUUUCUGUUCCUUUCUUCAUCUGGCGACGAACAGAGGUUCACUUCGCUAUUAACUACUACAACUAUUACUACCAUCGCUACUGCUACUAUUGUCUACUACUUUACAUUUAGCUCUUCCCACCGUCGUGCGUUGUAAUAUUUUUUAUCGAUUAGAACGAAAUGCCUCCUAAAUUGUAUCUCGUGCGUACACACGAACAUGCUUGUGCAAUUCUAUAUAAGACCCAGUUCUAUAUAAGACGACGAUCCUCCUCCACGUUGUACGAACGUGACCUCGGUAAUAAAACUCCGAUAUAAAACGAGACCAGUGUGCGAUAACGUCUCUUGUCAAGCGUGCGUGUUUUGGAAAACGGACACAUGUAAUCCUCUUGAUGAAACUAAUGUCGCGCGAUUGCUGUUCUCUCUCGUUCGAAGGCGUGUCAGAGGGAAACAACGACGAUUUCUAAAGCGGUAGAGCUUCUCUGCUUGUCUCCACGAAGACGUUGCGCCUAGAUCGACUCGACGGCGGAAGGGUUAAAUUUAAAGGCAGGACGGAUAAAGUCUAAAACGAUAUCGCGCUGUUCCAUCGGAGGACGACGAGCUUCCGUCACGGAGGAUUUUCGAUCUUCUUCGUUCUUCUUCUUCUUUUUCUUCUUCUUCUUCGCUUACUUUUCUUUUCUGAAGGCUCGACAAUGAUGACGCGCCACGAUCGAGUUCCGUACGACGAAUAAAGGGGAAAUAACGCGCUGUGAAAAAAAAAAGGAAAAAAAAAAAAAGAAAAAAGAAAAAGGAAAUGAACGUUCAAGAUCUAUAAUAUUUUCUUUUCGGCCUUCUCGUAUCUUGUAAAUAGCUUCUUAACGACUUUGCUCUGUGUGUGGACGCUCGUUAUGCGACAAAAAUGAAAAAGAAGAAAAAAACGUAGCAUCCCGCAUUCUAACGAUAUCGUCUCGCUUUUUUUUCUUUUUUUCGAAACGUGAAUAACAAAAGUGUAAAAAAAAAAAAAAAAGAGUGCAGAGGAGACGUCGAAUUAUGCACGUCGAAUCGUCCGGAACUUUGAUCGUGUGUGUAUAUUAUAAAUAAAUAUAUAAAUAAAAAAAUGAAUAAAUAUAUAUAUAUACAUAUAUAUAUAUAUAUGUAUGUAUGGAUGCGUGCGUGCGUGCGUAUAUGUGUGUGCUCGUCCUCCGACAUUGAAUAUAUUCCCGUUGGAACAGAGAGAGAUUCUUCUGUAUGUACAAAAAAAUCAAAUUGUAAUUGUAGCGUGUAGAGAGUCUUUAACGACACAGUAUUCCAUAUAGCGUCUAAAUAGCACUGUGUAAACAUACACACACAUACACAUAUACACACACACACUGACGAUAAGAAAAAAAAACAAAUCGUACAUUUGGAAGGUUGAAGAAAAAAAGAAAGAAGAGAAAAAAACGGGGGAAAAAAAUAUAUAAAACUUAUGAGGUUGUAGAGAGAGAGAGAGAGAGAGAGAGAGAGAGAGAGAGAGAGAGAGAGAGAGAGAGAGAGAGAGAGAGAGAGAGAGAGGAAGAGGGAGAGGAAGAGGGAGAGAGAGAGAGGGAGAGGAAGAGGGAGAGGGAGAGAAUGAGAGAGAGAGAGAGAGAAUGAAAGAAAUUUCAUUCGUAUCGAUAAUUAAAUAUCAAAAUAGAACGAGAAAAAGAGAGAAAGAGAGAGAGAGAGAGAGAGAGAGAGAGCGAGCGAGAAAAUAAUUAAAGACGCAUAGAAAGAAAGAGUAGACACGUUCGUUUGAAUCUUAAAAACACAAAAAUACAUAUCCCAUCUGUAUGUAUAUAUUUGCAGUUCGCAUAAGAAUUUCAAUUAUAUAUCGACGAUUGAUUGUGUAAUUAUGAUUGAUUAGUAUUAUCGCGACGACGAUGACGACGAUGAUGAUAAUGAUGAUAAUGAUGAUUAAUGAUGGUGAUGAUGAUUGAUGAUGAUGAUGAUGAUGAUGAUGAUGAUGAUGAUGAAGAAGAUUAUUAUUAUUAUUAUUAAUUAUUAAUUAAUUAAUUAUUAAUUAUUAUUUAUAGUUCCAAUUUUAUAAAAAUUGGAACGAAUUAAGUAAUGUUAUGACGAUCGAUUAUUGCGUUUAAAAGCGUUAGGUUUAAUGUUUGUAGUUAGGUAAUAUUAGGUAGAUCGGAGAGUAGGUACAUAUCGUUAAUAUUGUUAUUGAUUAAUAGUAUUGCGAAAAAAAGGUAUUACUGCCGAGUGCGCUUUGAUUUCUUUUGUCCCUUAAAAGAAGGCUCUCGUUCGUUGCGAUAUCCGAGUGUCGCGAGAUCGAUUUCGACCUCCCUUAUCCUUUUUCAAAUAUUCCCUCGUUAUCUGAAUCGAGGAUAAAACAAAAGGAGCAACACUUAUUCGCAUUUACGGCCAAAAGAGAGAAGAUAAAAAGAAAAAAAAAACAUGGAACAUAUGAGUACCUGUCGAUCGAUUCAAUCUCGAAUUAAUCUCGAAAUGGUCGUUCCGAUCUCGCGACAAUUAUUUCAAGUAAUUAUAUUUUUGUGCAAUUGACCGUUGAUGCCAUGGCUACUCGAAGCCUGAAAAUAAUUUCAUAAACUAAGAAAAAGAACACGAGUAUGAUACUACUUCCUUCCCCCCCAAUUGUUCUUUAUUUCAUAAUAAUAGCGAGUAUUCGUUGUUCGCUUGACCAACGUUCGAAACAUCGCUACCCCGAAGUUUCUUUCUUUCUCCUACGACUCGAUGGAACCAGCUUCGAGUAUCAUAAAAGCAUCAAACGAUCACGCGUUCUUUCUCGCUAGAAUAUCGGGGAAAAGAAAAGAGAAACGCUCUGGGCCAAACAAAAUAAACCAAAGCGCAGUAACCUUUUUAGCGAUCCCUCCUUCCCCCUCUAAGUAUUACCAAGUAACAUAUACCUGCCCCACAUAUCAGAAUCUUACGUAUCCCAAAAGCACUACCAUGCGUCAUAUCAAUGUUUCUAAGAAUUAGUCCUAACGUAUCCUUUCAACGAUCAAGUUUCUUUCCCUCCUUAACCCCUUUUUUUGCCUCUAUUUCGGCGUCAUAGCGUUUAUAUAUAUAUAUAUACACCUUGAGAAAAUAUUAGGCUAUACCAAUUUGUCCCCUCAUCGUAUGUUCCUUUCCUCCCUUUUAGAAAUAAGAAAAUAAGAAACAGAGGAAAGAAAAAUCAUUCCCUUCCCUCUCCCUUCGUCCCCCCUUUGAUCCUUCCCUCUUAUUUCCUGCUCCCAGAGUAAUAAAAAAAAAAAGAAAAAAAAAUAUAUAUAUAUAUAUAAUAAUCCACCUCGUUAUUGUACAUCUGAGCCAAGAAGGGUCUCUAUGCUCUGUCUUCCCAUCGCUGCGUCAAAAGACAAACUAGAUGUAAUAAGAAUUUGUUGACUGUAUACAUUAUUAUACAUUGAUUGUACACGCAUCAGCAACAUCACACACUCGAAAAUACUCGACAUCGUUACACACCGACACAUCAUCACACACACCAUCGCACGCCAUUAUGUACACCGAGACCAACACCGAGACAACAAGUACUGCGUCAAGAUAGCCCAAGAUGGAUCGGUGAAUGCUAAACCUCGUUUACGAGGUUUACCUGUAUACACGCAAACAUCGUGGAUCGAUUGCGAUUUCGGGAUCGAUACGGAGGGAUAAGAGAUGGCGUCGAGUUUACCUUCACGAUUUUGAUUAUGUAUAAAACUCCAACAAGUUUUUAAGUUUCCACCUUUUAAUUACUUUUUCCAAGGUUUGAAACUUUCUAACUUUCCAAUGAUAUCUUUGAAAUUGAAUAUCGAGUAUCACUUUGUUUUUCUUUUCUUUUUUUUUUUUUUUUUUUUUCUUUUUUUUUAAUUUAAUUAUAACUCGUGGAUUUGUCGAUCGAAGAUUCUGUUGCUAAAUAAUAUAGCGUGGAUCGAAAUGAUUUUUUUAAUUAAAUCAUAUCUCGAAACGAGAUGUGUCUCGAAUAAAAUCGUCAUCUACUAAGUCGUCGAGAACGAUCUUGUUUCUUUCGAAAGUCUGCCUGAUUAAUUGGAAAUGAGCAUUGGCCCAUCCAUAAUUAGUCUGUGAUGUCGCAGCGCACGUUCAUUCGAGACUUAAAAAAAUAAAAAUUUCAGAUACGACACACACACACACACACACGUAGUGGCGAUCGUAGACAUUUUAAUACGUAUACAAACACACAAGCACAACAUGAACACACACACACACACACAUUUAUCGUGUCCAUAUCGAACGGAGAGGUGACACAUUGACACAAUGGCCAAGAGACAGGAGACACAGAAAACACACUCCAAUAUAUGAUUACUCUUUAAAUGAAAACAAAAGCAUAAAAAAAAAUAAUAAUAAUAAUUAAUGAUGUAAUGUGUAUAUUAAUACUUGUAUGUCGUACGCUCUAAUGUUGUUUGAAGAGUUAUUUGCGAGUCAAUUAUCUGUGCCUAGCAGCCCUGUGCACCCUAUCAAAUGUACCACCGUUCAGAUGAAAAAUUAAAAAUAAUAAUGGGAAAAAAAAAGUAAAGAAAGAUACUGAUUGAACCAAAAAAAAAAAACAAACAAAAAAACAAAAAAAAAAUACGAAUAAAUAAAAAUGAACAAGCAUUAAACGAAAACAACAAACAAAAUAAAAGAAAACGAAAGAAAGAUGAACACUUUCUCACACACACACACAUAUGCAAAGGAAACAGCAUUGUGUAUAUAGAUAUAUACAUAGUUUCGAGCAAAAAAUCGUUUGAAUAUUUUAUACACGCACGUGUGUUUUUCGCGACGACAACAGUAAACAAUAAACCACAAAAACAUUAAACAAGAAAACCAAUUAAACAGGUGAAACAAAAAAAAAGAAACAAACAACAACAAAACAUAUAAACGGAAAGAGAAAGAAGAUUUCAAAAAAACAAAACUUGCACCCUGUAUACAUAGUUCGCACAAUGAUCUGUUCCUAUUUUGGAAUCAGUUUUUUCGGAUUUGCCAAGAAUGUAUAUCUACAGAUUCUAUAUAUGAACAAAAAAAAAAAGAUGAAAAUAUAUAUAGAAAAACUAAUUAUGAAAUAUAAGUAAUUGAAAUCCCAUAGUUCUGGAAUUGUUACCCUUUUCGACAUUCGAAUUUUCCGUAUAAUCGUGUGUGCAAGCCGCGUCUCCUCUCAUUCGUAUAUGAAUAAACAAACGAGAAAAAUUACGAUAAUAGAAAUAUAAUAAGAAAAAAAAAAAUAAAAUAAAUAAAUAAAUAAAAACGGGGAAGCAAACGAAAAUAUAUACCAUGUAUACAAUAAAAAGUUACAGAGAAAGAAAAAUAAAACUAUCGUGUAAAAAAAAAAAAGAAACCAAACAAUAAAAAAAACACGUGCAUCGUGCAUCGUUCGCUUUUCAAAGCUAUAAUAGCAGCCUAAUUAGAACACGAGGUAACACAUCCACGUUUCGUGCAACCCUCCCCCCCCGUGUAGUAGUCUCGCGCAUCAUCGAGAUCACACGUUACAUUCGACAGCUCAAAGUCCGCUAGAAUAACGGUUGUUCCUAUUUCGUAUAGAAACGACGAGACCAAGAAAAGAAAAAAGAAAAAAGGAGAAGAGCCUGUAACACGGGAAGUAAUGAAUAUAAACCGAGUUUAAGUAUUUAAGGAAAGGGAAAUGGGGUGGGUAGAUAGACGCGAGGGUGGGACAUCGCGUUUCUAGUGGCACUUUUCGACGACUUUUGUGCCCAUUUUUUUCACGCGACACAAAGCUGCGCCUCCUUCGGGAUGGACCACUUUGUAAGACGUUCGUUAAGCAGUAGUAGCGCGCAUCACGUGAAACUCGAGACCCUCGAGAAACGGGCGGACGAUUUUUCCCCUGGGGUGAAAACGGCAAACGGAUGAGAAAUAUUCGUGAACGACACUGGCGGGAUGGACAAACGCGAUUUUUAAACGUCAUUCCGCCUUUUUAUCAACAGAGAAGUAGCAAAACUCGUGCGAACGAGUGUCACACUCGCCAAAACGAAUAUAAUAUAUAUGUAUAUGUAUAUGUAUAAAGUUAAAAGAAACUCACUCGAACGAAAGAAAAAAAAAAGAAAGGAAGAAAACGGAACAAAACAGGAAAAGAUUAAAAGCAAACGAAAUGCAAAAGAAUCGAUCAAUACCGUUUAGACCGUCACACACUGAACACAACAGCACAACCACCACGAAUCCACGCACAUCCAUUGUUUAUAUACGAUUAUUAUGUAUGUGUAUGUGUAUAAAAAAAAAUCACCGACAGUUUGACUCAUUAUCCAUUCAUUUCUUUGUCUGCGACAUCUCGCGAAAGCAAUCCACUGAGAUCGACCCCCUCACACCACGGUCCUAGAGGUAUGUGGGACGCUUGUACACGUGUGUCUAUAACUGAGAAACUAGAGAAACAAAGAAAACAAAGGAAAUAAUACACGCGAGAAAUCGAUGUGCUUGCUUCGAGCUCUCUGUUCACGAAAAACCGCUUUUCGCAAUCCGCUGUCCGGAACCACCCUUCGAACAUUUGUCUUCUCUCUUGUCGGGUUGACUAAAAGAAAAAAGAAAAAAAAAAUUAAUAGUAAUAAUAAUUCAAAUGUGGCGUGUACUUUUAAGAGAACAAUUUAUAAAUCAACGACGAUAUCCUCGAAUCUCUCGCGUGUCGUACGAAUGGAUCAUUGGACAUCGUAUGCGAGAGAUUCGUCGAUAUGACGAAACGUUUGUAACGGACGACAAAAUCUGAGAGUAAUUGGGGAGAGAAACGCGCAUCGUUCGCAUGCGAGAGGGAAGGUGAAAGAAACGUGGACAGAGAUGUGAAAAGCAGCUUUGUAUGAAUCGGUUAAUGUUUGUGGAAGCGACAGGUUGCAAGGGACACGAUAAAAAAAGGCAGUGAGAUGAACGAGUUACAUAAAACAGAGAGAAAAAAAUAAUAAUAAAUAUUGGGAGAGAACAACAUGGGUACGAAAGGAACAAUCGAGCACAGAGAAUAAUAAUUACACGUAGAGAGAGAGAGAGAGAGAGAGAGAGAGAGAGAGAGAGAGAGAGAGAGAAGAAUAUGAGAGUGGGAGAGAAAGGGAGAGAGAGAAAGAGUACAGAGAAUUUGAGAAAAAAUAGAAACAAAAGAGAAUGAGAGAGAGAAAGAGUGAAAGAGGUAUAUUAAAACGAAAAGAAAAGAGCACACUCACUGAGCGCCGCUAGUAAAAGACAUAGUAGGCUAUUAUUAUCGCUAAAUAGUCGCUAGCCGAUAGUGAUGUAGUUUACCCUUUAGAGUUAUUUUAAGUUCUUAAUUAUAAUAUGGUUACUAUUAAAUUUAUUAUCGUAUCACAUUACACACUGUAACACUUCUAUUAUAUAAUAACAAGAAAUAUUUACCUGUGCAUAUUGACAUAUUAAUGGAGUCACAUCAUUAAAACAUAUACUACUCAAUAUA